AUGGCUUUUCUCUUUUUUUUCUUCUUUUUUUUCCUAUUUUCUCUCUCUCCUCCCACCCAACUGAUUUUCUUGCCUCACUCUCCUCCCACCCAACUGAUUUUCUUGCCUCACUCUCCUCCCACCCAACUGAUUUUCUUGCCUCACUCUCCUCCCACCCAACUGAUAUUUUUGUCUCUCUUUCUUCCCACCCUACUGAUUUUCUUGUCUCUUGUUUCUCUCUCCUCACCACUCAAUUGGGUUUUCUUGUCUCUCUUUCCUUCUCUCCUCACUCUUAUGUUUUUCUUGUUUCUUUUUGUCUUCCCUUCCACAUCUGGCUUUCUUGUCUCCCCUUACCCUGCUGGCUUUCUUGUCUUGAUCUCUCACCCCUCAAUCCAUAAUUUUUUCUAUCUCUCUCCCAUUAUUUUGCUCUCUCUUACCACCACUUUUCCCCCUAAUCUUCUCUCCCUCUCCACCUGCUACUUUGUCCUCUUUCAUUUCCCUUACUCAUUUUCAGUUAUUUUUUUUAAUUCAAUUCUUUCCUUCUCCUCUCACCCUUCACCUCUUCUCUCUCACCAUCAACCUCCUCUUCUCUCUCACCAUCAACCUCCUCUUCUCUCUCACCAUCAACCUCCUCACCCAUCAACCUCCUCUCUCACCAUCAACCUCCUCUUCUCUCUCACCAUCAACCUCCUCUUCUCUCUCACCAUCAACCUCCUCUUCUCUCUCACCAUCAACCUCCUCUUCUCUCUCACCAUCAACCUCCUCUUCUCUCUCACCAUCAACCUCCUCUUCUCUCCUCAUCAACCUCCUCUUCAUCAACCAUCAACCUUUCUCUCUCAUCACCAUCUUUCACCAUCUUUCUCUUUUUAUCCGUACUUGUCUCUCCUUUGCAAUUUCAUUCUUGUCUGCAAUCUGUUCUCUCUUAUUUCUCAUCUUCCUUUCACAGCCAUUUGUUUGGUUUCAGGUCAUCCUUUUCAAGUGUUUCUUUUAAAAAUGGAACUUUCAAAUCCUGUGCUUGACCACUGGUCAUCUUUGUCUCUGCUUAUUUCCUUUUACGUUCCACCCACUUAUUUACUCUUUUCAUCUUUCUUACUUAACUUUUGA